GCUCCCUUUUUAGGUGCCCGGCCUUUGCCCCCCCUUUUCUCUUUCUCCUCGUCGCAAGUCUCCCUCCUCAAAAUCCCCCUCCCCACUCCCUGCUUUCCUCUCUUCUUACUGUGUGUCUCUGCGUGAGUAGCGGAGCUUGCUGAAAUAAGAAGCUACUGGUGUGCUGCUACUGCUUGAUCAUGGAGUUGGUCCGGUGAUUGCUGCUGCAGAAUUGAAGCUGUAGAGCAGCUCGUCUGCUCUCCUCUUGCUGCAAACCUUCUUGUUGCUCUCAACUGACGUCGAAGAUAUCGGGCCAUGAAGAGGUACGGGAACGGGGCUACUGCGACCACAUGGAGGAUGUCAUGGGAGACCUGUUUGAGCACAUUGACGACUUGCUCGACUUCCCCGACGAUGUGCUGGGGCUGGUGGAGCCCUGCAACCAGAGCGCGCAUCUUUUUCUUCCUGCGGCGACUGUGCCGGCCUCUGCCGACGGGCUUUUAGGCGGCGUCGGAGAAGACUCGCUCGAUGGCUCCUGUAGCAGAAGCAACAAGUCUGGUGCUCCUUUCAGCGCUGCGGAGGACAAGCUCGGCCCAUGUGAUGAACUUGAUGUUCUGCAACUGGAAUGGAUGUCCAAAUUCCUGGACGACUCUGAUUCCUUCCCCCUCGACCUUCCAAGCUGCAACGCUGUCACCAACAAUGGAAAUGACGAAAACAGCGAUGCCCAACCCAAAGCCAAAGCUCACUCUUUCUUCCGCACCUCCAGUCCGGUCUCUGUUCUCGAAGAUAACACUAGGGGCAGCGGCGGCAGCGACUCCUCCUCGUCCUCUUCCUCCUCGUCAUCCUGGACUUCGGCUUCGUACUGCAAGGAUGCGAAGGUUCUGCUUCCUCCUAUCAGUCCUCCGGAAGCGCCUUCAGUCAUGGCCGUCCCCGCCCGCGCGCGCAGCAAGCGCCCGCGACCCGCCGCCUUCUCGCUUCGCCCCCACGUCACCAUACCCUACCUCCCGCCGUCCUCCGACGCGGUCACCGAAGUCCACCCACUCUCCGCCGCCGCCAACUCCGACCCUGAGAGCUUCGGCGAGUCAUGCCCCCCGCCUCCUCCACCGAAGAAGAAAAACAGCCAGAAGACUCCGGCCGCCACUGCCGACGGGGAGGAGUCGGGCUCGCCUCCGCCGGUGAGGAAGUGCAUGCACUGCGAGAUACAGAAGACCCCUCAGUGGAGGGCCGGCCCCAUGGGGCCCAAGACUCUCUGCAACGCCUGCGGUGUCCGGUACAAGUCCGGGCGGCUUUUCCCGGAGUACCGCCCCGCCGCCAGCCCCACCUUCGUCCCGUCAAUCCACUCCAAUUCCCACAAGAAGGUGGUGGAGAUGCGUAUCAAGGCGAGCCAGAAGGUCGCCCCCGCCGGCGCCGCCAUGUCUUCCUCCUCCGACGGCUGUGAUCUCCUCGAGUACAUCCGUCGGCGGGAGUGAAACGAAGACGACAUACUUAGCUGCUGCAGUUCUUCUUUCCCCUUGAUUUAGAAGUGUAGUCAUCCCGGUUUCUGAUUUCUCUUGCUUUAUUAUUAUUAUUAUUAUUAUUAUUAGUAUUAUUAUUUUUAGUAUUAUUCCUGUAUUCCCCUUAAAUUUUGUACAGAGGAGGGAAGCGAAAGAGAAGACGCUUUUAGAGGAGGGAUAGGCAGAGCACCACAGGUAGGAGGUAGCCGAGAAAACAAAGACAGAGGAGGAAGAGAGACAACUAGCUAUUAUAGUUAGCAGCGAGGAGAAGGGGAGGGGAGAUUAGAAGGGGCUACUGAAGGGGAACACUAGUUUGAUCGCUGGAGCUUGGUGUAUUAAAUUCUUUUUGCAGUUGAAGAUUGAUUGAUGGUGAUUACUAGGAAGAUUUAUAAAUAUAUAUAAAUAUAUUUGAUUUACAUCGACAA